UAUAUACACCAACAACGCAGAAUCAAUUACAGCAUAUGAACCUUUUAUUAACCUCUACUAUGUACGGUUCUGCGCUUGUUAGUGAGUCUCACACCCUCUGGUCCGAUGCUUAUUAACUUAAUCGUAUAACCCGUGAGCACACGAUGGGCGAAAAUCCCAACAUGACAAGCAACCGAGCCCUAAGAAUCACCGACACUCUUGCACUGCCAACAAACGAAAAGGGUCGCCCAUCGCGGAAAAGGCUGACGAUUCCGGAUGUCUAUGGGAACUCAGAUGUUCCCAAUCCGGAAUAUAUUAAAAGCCACCUUUUGACGGAAGACCGAUUGGACGAAACCUUGGCCCUUCGGCUACUCCAUGAUGCGUCUGAAAUCCUUCGCGCUGAACCCAACGUUCUCACUCUGCCUUCCAACAUUACCGUCGCGGGCGAUAUUCAUGGGCAGUUCUACGACCUCCUCACUAUUCUCCGCACCGGUCGUCCACAUUUUUUAUUCUUGGGUGAUAACGUGGAUCGUGGCAGCUUUGGUAUCGAAUGCAUCUUGUAUCUGUUUGCGCUCAAAAUUUCUUUCCCAACGAAAUACUUUCUGCUACGCGGCAACCACGAAAGUCGGCAUCUCACCAAACACUUCACGUUCAAGCGUGAGUGUCUGGUCAAGUACUCUCAAAGCGUGUACGACGCCUGUAUGGUAGCCUUUGACACACUGCCAUUGGCGGCAAUCAUCAAUCAGCAGUUUCUGUGCAUCCACGCAGGUCUCUCGCCAGAACUCCGCACUAUAGAUGAUCUUAACAAAUUUUCUCGGUUUAAAGAGGUCAGCAAGGCCGGUAUGAUGUGCGAUAUCUUAUGGUCAGAUCCUGUUCCAGAAUUUGGGCAAGAAGUAGCUCCUUAUUUAUAUUCCCAUAACAGAAUCCGUGGGUGUUCGUAUAAUUAUAGUUACUACGCGGUGGAGGAAUUUCUAGAGAGAAAUAAUUUAUUGGGAAUUAUUCGAGGCCACGAAGUACAGAGCGCCGGGUUCAAGGUUUACAAGGGCAAACAGGCGGAUAGUUACCCUGUAUUAAUCUCACUUUUUUCCGCUCCGCAUUACUUGGGCAAGUUUAACACUAAAGCCGCGGUACUGGAUUAUGCUAAUGGAAAAAUUCACAUCCGACAAUUUAGCAGUGUGGAGCAUCCGUUCUGGUUGCCGAACUUUACGGAUGCGUUUACGUGGUCCUAUCCUUAUAUGGUCAAGAAAGUGCGCGAAAUUAUUUUGGUUAUACUAAGUAUUUGUACGGAGGAAGAACUGGACAAGAGCGACCGAGCAAGUCAACGGCGCGGGAUGAUGGAGCAGAGCAAGCACGUGUUUACUUUGAAAGCCCGGACGAUGAAAAGGUUCGUUGACCGGUGGAAAAAGACCGAGCAGCAGCUGCCUUGUAAAGACUUUCUGACUUUGAAUUAUUAUUCGUCUCCGGAAAACAAUGCGCUCUUUAAUAAGAUUAAUAUUAUAAAUGAUGUGGAGAUUUCGGAUAAGAUUCAAAGCCCGCUUGGUAAAACAGCGUCAUUGCCUUUUGAUUUACAACACGUGGAUAUAAGAAGUAGCAGCAACGCACAAGGGGCAGCGCCUGUGAUUCGACUUAGUCACAGUUUAGCGCACAUAUCAAAUGGCGAUAUUAAUGAUGUCGAGGAUUGACCGAAGGAUUGGGGAAGUUCCCGUGAAUCCAACAGGUUAUCCUAAAUACCGUUUCAACUUUUACAGUUUCAACCAAUGCUUCAGCCUUUAUGGUUUCCAAUCUCAGAGCAGAUAGAACGACAAAAUGAGAAAUAGAGUUAUUAGGGCAAACAGAAAUAAACGAUGCCUGCCGUAGCGUUUUUUGCAUUUCUACUAGAGUACUGCAUUUGUUGUUGGGUUUUAUUUCUGUUACUUCUGUUAAAGGGAAGCACUUCGCACGAAUAA